AUGAGCCAAGAAUGGCGAGAAUAUCGGCAACAGAACCCGAACCAACCCCAAAUGCCCGACAAUGCUGAGGAAAUUUCCCGACGGAGGUUGAAAGACUUCCGCAACUUCCAACCACCUACAUUGGAAGGUGGAGAUGACCCUGAGGCUGCAGCAAGAUGGCUGCAGAUGAUCGAGCACAUAUUCGAGCGAAUGGGAUGUCCAGAGGAACAGAAGACCGACUACGCCUCAUACCAGCUGAUGGGAGAAGCUUUGACUUGGUGGACCGGUGCGAGGGCUCUGCUGCGAGCUCAAAAUGUUGAUCUGACUUGGGCCGUGUUCAGACGAGUCUUCCUAGACAAGUAUUUUCCGAAGGCUAUGAGAAGAAUGAAGCACACUGAGCUGCUAUCACUAAGGCAGGACAACAUGACUGUCAAUGAAUACAUUACUACAUUUGGGCAGCUGAUGGAAUAUGCCAACUUUGAUCGGAACAUCUAUGACGAGGAAUGGCAGAUUGAGAAAUUUGAAAGCGGACUACAUCCAGAGAUCCGUAAGCUCAUCCUGACUUCUGCAAACCGUACACUUCCAGAAUUAAUCAAUCAGAGUCGGCAAGCGGAAGGCAUUAUCAAUGAAGCAAAGAAUCUGUUCGAGCAACUAGUAUAG